CCUGAGCCAAAAUCAAGAGUCGGAUGCUCAACCACCUGAGCCACUCAGGCACACUAUUUGGAUAAUGAAAUGAUACCAAGAGAGAAAGUCCUUUGUUCAAGGUCUCAGGGCUGGUACAAGAUGAAACAGAGAGUUGGGCAGAGGUCUCUGAUCAUGACCCGUGUGCGGCUCCAUGGACAGUUCACCUGCUCUUCAUCUGCAGGGAGGUCUGAGAAUGGAUCGGGUACAGAGCAUGUUCCUCCUGCUGAUGUUGAGCUUGGGAAAGCAGCUUCAUCAGACAGCAGCUUUAUUCACAGUGAUGGUCUCCCAGGAACUAUACACAGUAGACUACGGCAGCAAUGUGACCCUGGAGUGUAAUUUUGACACUGAAGGUCAUGUGGAACUCAAGGACUUAAGGGCCAGUCUGCAGAAGGUGGAAAACAAUACAUCUUUGCACAGUGAAAGAGCCACUUUGCUGGAGGAGCAUCUGUCUCUGGGGAAGGCCUUAUUCCACAUCCCUCGGGUGCAAGUGAGUGAUGCAGGACAGUAUCGCUGCCUGAUCAUCUAUAGGGUCGCCGGGGACUACAAGUACCUGACUCUGAAAGUCAAAGCUUCCUACAAGAAAAUAAACACUCAUAUCCUUAAGAUCCCAGGGGUAGAUGAGGUACAGCUCACCUGCCAGGCUGAAGGUUAUCCCCUGGCAGAAGUGUCCUGGCCAAACAUCAGCGUCCCUGCCAACACCAGCCACACCAAGACCUCUGAAGGCCUCUACCGGGUCACCAGUGUUCUGCGACUAAAGCCACACCCCGGCAGAAAUGUGAGCUGUGUGUUCUGGAAUGCUAACGUGAAAGAACUUACUUCAGCCGUCAUAGACCCUCAUGCUUCUGCAUUCCUUGGCUCAUGGUCCUUCUUCCACCUUCCAAGCCACCAGCUGCAUCCCUCAGACGUCUGCUUCUGUCAUCACAUCUUUCUUUAAUUCUCCUGCCUCCCUCUUCCACCUUGUAGGGACCCUUGUAAUUGCAUUAGACGCCUUCCCCCAACCUGAUAAUUCAGGUUAAUUUUCCCAUUUCAAGGUCCUUAAUGUAAUCACAUCCGCAAAAUCCCUUUUUGCCUGUGGGGUAACACGUUCGCUGGUUUCAGAUAUUGGAACAUGGACAUCUUUGAGGGAGCCAUUAUUCUGCUACCGUACCAGCAAAGGAUAUAAUCUCCGAAUAAAGGGCAGUCCCUAGCACUGCUUAAAUUUGACAUAAUUUAUAGAAACUUUAAUAUUGUCAUUAUAUUCCACUUUUUGCCCUUUUUCUUAGUUAGACAAAACAGAGCCUCCGAUAGGAGCUCGUGUGGCAUGCCAGUAUUUAGGUGGUGGCCUCAGGGAGCAGGGAUGGGAGGCCUAGGAGAUUCAGACCAGAAGCAAGAAUUGAAGUUGUUGCUAUCAGCAAAACGGGAGCUCAAAUACCCAAAGACCACCUGGGAAGUGUACAGACAGCCUCCCACGAUGCUCACUCAAAGCACUUCAGGUGGAGGUCAUCUCCUUUCACCCCUGUUGGUUGACAGCAGUCUGCAGGACUGUGCACUCCAUGCUGGGAUCUAUGCAUGCAUGUGGGCUGAGUGAGUUCCCCCCAGCACCUGUAGUGUCAAGUAAUCCCAGGGCAAAAAGCAAAGUACCCAUUUGAGGUGAAUGAAGCAAGUCAAAGGUCACCAGACUUCUCCCGAGCUGUGGCUGAAGUUAGAGGUGAAGCCAAGAGGAAGUGAGACAGCACUGCAGCAGUCUGUCCCUUGCCCUAUAAGCCCCGUGACUAAGCCUUCAGGCUGGGAGGCAGCCAUGAAGCCAUAUGGUAUCUCUUCACAAGAUUUCAUACGCAAGAGUUCAUAGAACAAGCUACAGUUCUGGCUGCUGAAGUGGAUGCCAAGCCAUAACCGAUCAUUGUCCUCUCUCUCAUCCCCACACAUUCUAGAUCUCCCUCACUCAGCACUUCAGAUGGAGCAGAGGAGUGAGGGCAGGGAGUGGGCUGGUGACACUCGCUUUCAACCCUGAGGGCACUGAGCCCUUGGUUGCCUUGCCCGGAACAGACUGACUUGCUGCAGUUGCCUUUUCUUUGUUAUUACUGAACGUGGAAGUACAAAAAUCAGAGAAUCCAUGGAUCCCCGAGUUCCAGACCUAACCUUCUGUGCCUGCAUUAGGUAGCAGCUCUCACGUUCUUCAUGGUAAUCAAGACUAAUCGCUCUGUCAGUAGAGAAAUUCUUUUCUCUGCCUGCUGGUCCACCCAUGGGUAGAACUCAAGCUAUGAAUUUAGAUGCAGUAGAGCAUAUCCCUUGAUGGAAGCAUUUGCCACUAGGAAGCUGGACCUUUAAUCCAGUAGAGCCUAAAUUUGUGCGGAUAAGAAGGAAAAAUCCCACAUGUGGGUCACUGAACAUAACAGUGAGAAGGACCAAGCUUCAGCAUUGAGGAAACCCUGGCACAGAAGCAGCAUGUGCUUGAGGUGAGACUAUCAGGGGGAAGUGAAUCAGAGCCUGACUGGAACCAUCCAUCAUUCAGACACAUUCAGCCCUGGCUGAAAUCAGGGCUGGGACAGACAGGAUAGAAGCUGGGGCAUCAAAGAUAUCUGCUCUAUCUCAAAUUAAUUUAUAUUUCAUCAUGAACUGGCAGGACUGAGGACUUUGAAGUGACUCAAUCCCCAUCUCAUCAUUAAUUUCCCAGGAUUUUCUUCAGGAGGAAAAAACUCUCCCUGAUAUAAUUUUCAGGGCCGGACAGCCGCCUUCUCAUUGCCACCCCCUCUACCAACCCCCCCCCAAUCUAUCCACACUUUACUACCCAAUUCCAACACUAAGGUUAGCCCAGCUUCUCUCUAACUGAAUGGAUUUGAGAAAGUGAGACAGUAAAGAGAGAUGUCAUGCUAAGAAUCUUGGUAGAAAUGAAGACAUUAGAAACACCUCAUUUUUAGGGUCAACUUUGAGGAAAAAUAGUGAAUUAGGCAAGCUGGUCUUUAACGUUCUCUACCUCUCUUUUUAUCACAGUGCAGAUCGUGAGACUUGACACCUUAUGAAAAUUGAGAUACAAUUAAUUCAUACUAGGGCUUUAGAGGCUUAAAUACUAGCAGUCACAGAGGAAUUUAUUUUUCUUGGAAUUGUUGAGUAACUGUCCUUUGCUGUGUGGAAUUUCCUGCCUGGUUAAGUGUAGGCCAGUACUUUGGAUGGAAUGUGGUUUUCCAGAAGGAUCAGGGAAAUAGGGGCCUGGGUAAGAUGAACUUGGAGAUAACUGGAAUCUAGCCUUUGCACCACCGAUUACAUCAGUGUUUUUUUUCUUUGCGGUGGAGAAGUAGGAAGGGCACACUGACCAUUCCUCUGGAGACUUUGAACCAGUGAUAAAUUAUGAAUGAAUGAAGGUGGUUCUUCUUUCCAUGGAAGUCAGUGUAGCUGAAUGAAUAGUCAACAAUCACAGGAGAGGCCCGUGGGGUCUGCAUCAGCUCAGGAUCUUCUAGGAUAUCACUCAUAAAUGUAACUGGCAAGGGCACGGAGAGAUUUUCAUGCAGUUAGAGACUUUCAGCCUACAUUUACCUAUUCUUCCCAGAAUUAUAUUCAUGCUACUACCUCCUGACAUGGUUCCUGGGCUCUGGUCAGCUCUCCUUCCUCACCAGUGCUCUCUGAGAUUUCUGGCACCUCUCCCACCCCCAUGAUUUCUCUGCUCAGGCAGUUUCUUCCACAGAAAACAUAAUUACUCACCCUCUUCACUGCCUUGAAGUCUGCCCUCUCUCCAGGGCAGCUUAGAUAAUCCCAGGGCACAAGGGGUCCUUCCCUUAUCUCUUCUUCUAAGACUGAUUACCUGUACCAUGACUUGGUUUGCCUGUGACUAUACUUGUCUUUUAUCUUUCAUUGUAUUUUAAUUGUUCACAUGGGUCUUCUUUGUGGCAAAAGCUAAAACAGUAUGCCCAUACUAAGCUAAAACACACUGCCCAUACUAAGUGCUCAAUUAAUGUCAGAUUAGUGGGUUGGAGGAUUGGCCUUGAUAAAACAGUCCCAUUAUCCCAGCCAACAGACUGUGUGGACCACCAGAUCAGAGCAGUCAAGUGACUCCCUGGUUUGUAGCACUAAUAUCAGCAACAAAUAACCAGUCACACAUCCUCCCACGGUUCCUGGCAUUUUAAGCUGCUUUAUGACUGUCCUUUUUCUGGUCAUUCUCAUCAGUUGAGUUGCUCAUUGCUGGUUCUGUGACCCAUCACAAACUUCUCUAGAAGUCAGUGAAUAAAGCAAAUAGAGCAAUGAGAGUCUGGUGGUGGGAGGUGCCCCAGUGUUUGUAGGAUGGAUGACUGAACAUCCUAACUUGAUCAGAAACAAAAGGGCAAUGAGUCCAUUUUCCUUUUGAAACAGGGUUUCCUCUGCUCAGCCCAUUGUUGCAUUUCAUGAGGAAAUAUAAUGGGAUUGGAACACAGGAAAUAACUAUAAAAACAUUUUUAUGGGGCCGGAAGUGAAGCCAUCCAAGGAGACCUGGAGGGGAUUCUCUGGCAGUACUCAAGAGCAUGGGCUCAGAAAUCAAACAGACUUGAUAUUUAAAUCCUCUCUCUGCCACUAGUAGCUUUCAGAACAUGAACAUAUGACUGAGUCAUCCUAGAACUUGGUCUCACAUUUGUAGAAUAAGAAUAAUGACAGAUACCUUAGAGGGUGAUGGUGAGGAUUAAAUGGAAUAUGCCUGCUAAG